UCCGCUCCGGUGGCUGACAGCGGAGGAUGUUCCUUGCAACGAUCGCUAAGCCUUGAUUACAGAGGAGCACGCGGAGAGCGUAGAGGAGUCCGGAUUUAGGAUGACAGGCAUUUGAAACAGGGAUUCACAAGCAGAGCUUUUGGACAUCGUCCGAUCACCAUCGGCCGGGGACAACGAGCCAGUGUUGUCAAUAACCAUGCUCCUGCUCUGUCUCCCCUCAUCUUCAUACAUUGAUGUCAGAUUAUCCAACCGGGAUUUGUAGAUUUCUAAUUCCUCCUCCUCAGCUGACACCAUUCUCUGUUCCUAAAUGGGUUCGAACAGAAAUGCAAACUCGGGAGGGGGAAUGGAGAUAGAUAGAUCUUCUGUAAUAAGGAUAUGGAGGAGAUGAUGAUUGGUUUUUCAGGUGCGCAAAGGGAAAAAAAAGCUGCAGGAAAGAAAAAAAAAUGCGACCUUCUGAUUCGGAAGAAAGAAAACAAACUAUAGUAAUAUUCGACGGUGAGAAGCUCUUUGGCCCAAUUUUUGGAGAUAUUUCAGGCGGCAACCAUGGUCCAUGGCUUCCAGGCUGAGAAAUGGGGACGACAAUGGAGAAUGCGGGCGUGCUGAUGACUUGUCCGAUGUCCGAUUACCUCGAGCAGCAGCUUCUCCAGCGUUUCAAUCUCUUCAAGCUCUGGACUUUCCCUUCGAACUCCGAUUUCUUUGCUAGGCACGCCGAAUCAGUAAUAGCAGUGGUGGGCAACGCCACGAUCGGCGCUGACACGGAUUUAAUCGACGCGCUGCCACGCCUGCAAAUCGUGGCGACCUACAGCGUAGGGCUGGAUAAAAUCGAUUUGAGCAAGUGCAAAGAGAGAGGAAUUAGGGUUACCAACACUCCAGACGUUCUGACCGAUGAUGUCGCAGACAUUGCAAUUGGGCUGGCAUUGGCUACUCUGAGGAAAAUUUGCCCGUCCGAUCGGUUUGUCAGGAAUGGAUCUUGGAGGAAUGGGAAAUUUGAAUUGGCUUCUAAGUUCAGCGGUAAAUCGAUUGGGAUAAUUGGAUUGGGCAGGAUUGGUUUGGCGAUAGCUAAAAGGGCCGAGGCGUUUGGCUGCACAAUUGGUUACCAUUCCAGAAAAAAGAAAGACGGCACAAACUUCAAGUACUACUCCAGCGUGCUCGACUUGGCUGCUAACUGCGAUAUUCUCGUUGUUUCGUGCUCCCUGACUGAAGAAACGAGGCACAUUGUGAACCGGGAGGUGAUCGAUGCCCUGGGACCAAAAGGGGUUCUCAUCAACAUCGGACGGGGGGCACAUGUAGAUGAACCGGAGCUAGUUUCUGCAUUGCGGGAGGGUAGGUUGGCUGGGGCUGGACUCGAUGUGUUUGAAAAUGAACCGCAUGUUUCUGAAGCAUUUUUCGAGAUGGAAAAUGUUGUUUUGCUGCCUCAUGUUGGAAGCGAUACCGUCGAAACUGCGAAAGCCAUGGCUGACCUUGUUGUAGCCAACUUGGAAUGCCAUUUCAUGGGAAAACCAUUGCUGACUCAGGUAAUUUGAUCAAAAUUGCAGUUUUUCAAUGUCUUUUUUAUGUUUUAGAUGUGUUUUUUAAGGGAUUUGGAGUUUGAGAACGAUGAAAUUUUGAAUGAAAAUUGGAUAUUUAUAUAAAUAAAUAUCUAAUUUGAUGUUUUGUAUAUAAAAUAAUAAAUUUUAAAUACUGAGUAUAAUAUUUUUAUAGGAAAAAGAGAAAU